AUGAUCGAAUACUCUCAUGGGAGAUGGGGCAUACGAGUUCUCUUACAGCUACGAGGAUCCGUCAUACCGAAAGCCUUGGUUUGGUCAGUGCCGUGUGCAGCAAUCACCGUGUUGCUUCAUCAGUUUUGGGACACAGAAAAAGGUGACGAGAACAAGCAAAUGGAGGGCAUAGACCAGAUCUGGUCAAAAUUUACUUUCGUGCUCGGCUUCCUUAUCGUCUUUCGCAGCAACCAGGCAUAUUCCAGGUUUUGGGAGAGCGUCACCCUAUUCCAUCAGAUAUCUGGAGAGUGGAUGAGCGCCUUCAGCAACCUCCUUUCCUUCUGCAGUGCUGAUCCCCAAAAGCAGGCUGCAGUCGUGGAGUUCAGGCAAUAUCUCAUUCGACUCAUGAGCCUUCUGCAUUGCAAUGCUCUUCAGACGUUGUGUGAACUCGAUGAUGACAGGCUCGAAGUUGUGGAUUUGGGUGGCAUUAGUCGAACCAGUUUGCUGCAUCUCAAAGGCAGCCCAGACAGAUGCGAGACUGUUCUGCUGUGGCUCGAACGCUUCAUCAUUGAGGCUGACAAAUGCAAGACCCUGGAUGUUCCAGCACCUAUCCUGUCCCGCGCCUUUCAGGAGCUGUCUCGUGGAAUGGUUGGCGUGACGAAUGUGCGGAAGAUACGCGAUGUUCCCUUCCCGUUCCCGUAUUCGCAGUUUCUUUCCUUCAUUUUGGUAGUACACUGGCUGGUGACACCCAUCGUGGCCAGCCAGAUAAUAUUGAAACCCUGGUGGGCCGGAAUCAUGGUUUUCUCUGUUGUCACCUCUUACUGGACAUUGUACUACAUCGCACAGGAGAUUGACCAACCUUUUGGUGAGGAUGCUAAUGACUUACCCGUGAGAGAAAUGCAACGCCAUUUUAAUGAGAAGUUAGACUUUUUCAUUAGUCCCCUGUCUUGUGCUGUACCGGAGUUUAAUGUAGAUGCGAGUCAUCAUAUCCAAAUGCUGAGCUCCACGUUCAGUGUAGCCCUCUCUAACUCUGUCGCAGCUCCAUCGAAAACCGCCGAAGUGGCACGGCAAAACGACGUGGAGUCAGCCUAUGACCUCGUAGAGGACAGACUGGAAGCCGCACUGGACGUGCGCCUCAACUCGGCCUCAGGAGCACCACAAGAGAUUAUUGAAGUGACCCUGUCAAAGGCAUCCGCACCUGCGGGUUGCUGCACGGCGUCGCCGGAUCAGCCCCAUGCGACGAUUUGUUUCAGUCGACAAGCAGCGACACGUGAAAAUUCCGAAGUUGACAUUGGGCUGCCGGCAGAGACUGGUGAGGAAGCACUUGGAGCCUGCCUGCGUGAGCUAGAAGAACUCAAACAGCUCCUUGCCAUGCUGCCCGGGCGGCAGGAUAGAGAGCUCGCAGAAAUGCUGCGAGACCUGGCGGGGGCAACACAUGAUCAGAACCACGGAGACAUGGUUUUGAAGCGAACUGCUGGUGACCCCAUGACAGAGCUGCCAAAAAAACUGAACAAGUUCAUGGCUUCAGAAAGUCUGAAAAGACUCGAUCCCGAUCGCCAGCAGAAGCUCCGCUUGUUGAACCAGCGACUCCAAGAGAGAUUUAGCAGAUUGAGACGAGUGUGA